AUGGUAUCACCAGGGAUUAAAGAAUUCGAUAAAUCCCAACUAGAUCCAUAUUUAAAGAAACAAAAUGCAAAAUUAACCCAAGUAGUACAGAAUUUCUUUAUCAAGAUAGUAACCAUCAUAAUAACAUCACGUAGUGAAUAUCAAGUACAAGAUGAAUCAAGAAUAAAUAAAUGGUUCAAUUUAUUAAUGCCUUCUAUAAAUAUUAAAGAUGAUUUAAAGAUUUGGAAGAACAACGAAUUAAAUUCUAUUUCCCCUAUGAUAAUAGAGACUUUGAUAGAUUUAAAAUCUCUCGAUGACAAAAAAUCCCUUAUCUUGAAUGAUGAGAAUAAUAAUCCAUGGACGGUGUUUAAGAAUGGAGCUGGUAAGAAAAAUGAAAUAGUUGUAGAAAGAUGGUUGAUAGAAUUCGACCAUAAUGAAGUGAGUGGAUCCAUCAUGGAUGAAUUACCUUUAAUUUAUAAACAAGCCAUUGUAUUGUUUCGAAGUCUUUAUGGAUUCACCAGAUUGAUGCCUGCUUAUAAGAUAAAGAAAAAUACAGAUAAUUUGAAACCUUUGAAAUUGGUCAAUAAAGUAGUUGAUGGGAAACAACCAAUCAGUUCUAAGGGCAGGAUAGGGUUAUCAAAAUCAAUUAUACCUCAUCAAAUUUUAACUACCGAUUCUCAUUUAAUUCAACGUCAGUUCCAUCCCAUUCAAACUACUUUAGGGACUUUGAAAGUUUCAGUGGUUUAUAGAAGACAUUCAAAUUUCAAAGUUGUAGAUAGUGAAGUUUUAAGUCAAUCUAAUAUUGAAAAUGCUUUAGAACCAGUGAAAGUUGACUUCGAGAUUCCAGAGUCGAAACAAGGAUAUCAAGAAACAGUAGAUGUAGCAGGACAAGAAGAGGUAGAUGCAAGAGAGUCAAGGGAAUUGAGAGAAUCAAGAGAGUCAAGGGAAUUGAGAGAAUCAAGAGAAUCAAGAGAAUCAAGAGAUUUAAGAGAAUCAAGAGAAUCAAGAGAGGAAUUAAGAGAUUCAAGAGAAAGAGAAUUACGUGAUGAAUCACCAAAAAGAACCAGACCUAGUAUUCAACCAUUCAAAGUGGGUUCGAUUGGGAACUCACCCCCUCCUAAUCAACCUUAUGGAGGAUCUUCAUUGGAAAGAAGAAUCUCAAUCACCAGUAAUCGAUCCACUUCUAAUGCUUCCUUAGUUGCCAUGUUAAGAAACCCAAGAGGUAGCGUUUCAUCAACUACAGGAAGCACAACCACCAACAUACCUAUAUCAAAUAGUCCAAAUCCUAUGAGUGUUGCUAGAUCAAUAUCUUCCAGUCAUGGGUCAAAUUUCAUUGGCCAUGAAGAAAAUCUUGAAACUGGAGGCACUCCAAGAUUUUCUUCAUCAUUUGGAUCAAGAGCCAGUAGAAGAUUUUCUAAUACAAGUAUAAGACAAAGUGUUUUACAGAAUAAUAAUGAUAGUUUAUUAGGAACAAGCGCAGGACUGACAAGUUCAAUCAAUCCAUUGAGUGGAUUAUAUAUUGAUGACGAUAUCAGUGACUUUGUUAGAAUGAUAGAUAGUAAAGGAGAUCUCAGAUUUAGUUAUGGAGGUGGUAGUUAUAAUAGUGGACAUAAUGAUAGUAAAGAGAUUCUUAAUAAAUUCCAAUUACUCAAAUCCCAACAUCAAUCAUUUAGUGAUAGUGUCAGUCAGAGUUUGAUUUUACAUCAAUCACCUAGAAGUUCACCUACACCUGGAUCAUUGAAUAGUCAUAAAUCUCACCGUAUGGAACUGUCAAGAUCUAAUUUAGGAUCAACAUCACAAGUUAAUUCACAAAUGAAUUCACAUCUUAGUUCUCAAGUAGCAUCACAUUCUGGCAGUAGAACAGGUAGUAGGAAAUCAUCCAAUUCAUACGAUCAACAAAUAUUACCAUCAAUAACAUCAAGAUUAUCUCAAUCACCUAAAGAUGUUAAAGGCUUAAGUACCGAUCCUUCCUUUAAGAGGCCAUCCAUUGAAUAUGAAAAUGUAUUUGAUGAUGAAGAUGGUGAAGAUUAUUAUCUCCAACGGAAGAAACGUGAUGAUGAUGAUGAUUUAUUAUUCACUAUGAGUGAUAUGAAUCUAACUAAGCAUUAA